AUGGAAGCCUUCGUCUGCAGCGGCUGUGGCUUCACCAGCUUUUCGAAGAUGCUCUUUCAGGAUCAUGACUGUUCAAUGACGAAGGAUCCAGGAAGCCCGGGUCAUCUCUCUUGCACAGUGAUCUCGCCUCCACCACCACCUGUCGAUACCAUCCCCGACGAUUUCAUUUCGUCACCGACCUCUCCACAGAAGAGCGAGGUGUACGGAGGCAUCCCUGAGUUCGACGAAAGUGAUCUCUUGAGCCCGGAAGAUGCGCCCUUUCGUUGCAUCUGCGGCUACACCUCCUUCUCGCAGCUGUUGUUCGAGGACCACGAUUGCAAAUUUGUCACCAAGGAGGUGAUCCUAUCCUCUGUUCGCGCCACGACUGCCACACGCCUCAAGGAGGCGGGGCUCCACGUCGAGAGGCACUUCGCGAGGGAGGCUGCCGAGCAGGGCCCACAGUCAGUGAUCGUCAAGGAUGCAGACAGCGGGAAGGUGCUCUUUGGACCCAAGUCGGUAAGCAAGUCCACCAGCGUUGGUGAGCUGAUAGAGACCCUCCUCCAGGGACAGCCCUGGGCCUCACUCCAACUUUCCCUGAGGGAUAAGGAGCUAAGCAGCGACGUUGUCUUGGGAAGCAUCUUCGAACGGACAGUGGUGUUGACGGCCAACAUCGUGAGCACCACCCUGGACAUCCACGUGCGCAAGAGUCUCUUCAACAAGUUCCCGGACGUCAUGACGGAGGUGAUGAUUCGACCACAGAAGAUCGAGAACCUGCAGGAGUACGUCGCGAGUGUGCAGGAACAGAUGCGACAAGUCUACGCCAGAUUUCGAACCAGCAGCCAGAACAUGAAGGAGUCCCUGGAGGAAGUGGAUGCUGCGACCCUUCUGGCCAACAUCGAGGACAAGCCUUCAAACAUGAGCUGCGUGCCCUUCCGGGACUGUCUCUCCCAGGAGCAGAUGGAAGAGCUCAAGAGCUUUCUGAGCAAAGUUGACACAGCGAGGAUGUGGGCACACAAUGCGUUUGGCCAGCAAUACGUGCUCGGCUGGGCCGCUGGUCAUGAGUUCAGGCUGUCGAUCCUCAGCGAGGAUGGCCCCACGAGGCAUUUCGUGAGCACGAUGUCGAGACCUGAAGUCUUCACGAGGCACACUUCUUGUUGA